UAAUUGCGGUCUGGAAUCGAUUUCUUUGUGUUUGUUGGAUUCACGCCCCAACUGCACUCUUUCAACCCCUUAUCCACAAACCAACUCCUAAUUUUUGCUCUGCCACUUCCGUUGUGGGUACCCAUUUGUCGAUGAGUAGAGAAACUCGGAAGUUGAACUCACAGCAUCGUCAAUGACAACAGUUUCAACCGAAUUCCUGUCGCGUACCCUCUCACUUCGAACAAACUCGAAGAGUUCGUGGCAUCCAAAACCCAACGCUGUCAUCACAUGCAGAAUCCCGGUUCUAAAUGAAGACAACCCCAGGAAGCGAAAGAACAACUACAAUAAGGGAAACGGGAGGGUGAAUUCUUCAGACACUGGGCCCCGACACUACGAUUUUCGAGACACCCAUCACAUGAGAGCCCUCAACAGGUUGUGCAAAACGGGCAAGUACACCGAAGCCCUCUAUUUUCUGGAGCAAAUGGUGAAGAGGAAUUACAAACCCGACGUCAUUCUCUGCACCAAGCUCAUCAAGGGCUUGUUCACUUCCAAGAAAACGGAGAAAGCGGUGCGAGUCAUGGAGAUUCUGGAACAGCAUGGUGACCCUGAUGCUUUUGCUUACAAUGCAGUGAUUAGUGGGUUCUGCAGGAGCGAUAGAUUUGAUGCUGCAAAUGGGGUGCUUGUAAGAAUGAAGGACAGAGGAUUCUCCCCUGAUGUUGUCACCUACAACAUUCUCAUUGGGAGCCUCUGUGCAAGGGGAAAGCUUGAUUUGGCUAUGAAGGUUAUGGAUCAGUUGAUGAAAGAUAACUGCAACCCCACUGUGAUCACUUACACUAUCUUGAUAGAAGCGACUAUCAUACACGGUGGCAUUGAUGAGGCAAUGAAGCUUCUUGAUGAGAUGAUGUCAAGAGGGCUUCAACCUGAUAUGUAUACUUACAAUGUGAUUGUGAGGGGCAUGUGCAAACAAGGAUUGGUGUAUCGAGCGUUUGACUUUGUUUGCAAUUUGAGCACCACCCCGAGUUUGAACCUCUACAACUUGGUUUUGAAGGGUCUUUUGAAUGAGGGAAGAUGGGAAACUGGGGAGAGGUUGAUGUCUGAUAUGAUGUUGAAGGGUUGUGAGCCGAAUGUUGUGACUUACAGCGUUUUGAUUAAUUCGCUUUGCCGUGAUGGCAAAACUGGGGAGGCUGUGGAUUUGUUAAAGGUUAUGAAGGAGAAAGGGUUGAGCCCUGAUGCUUAUUGCUAUGAUCCGUUGAUUUCUGCGUUCUGCAAAGAGGGAAAAGUGGAUUUGGCUAUAGGGUUUGUGGAUGAUAUGAUAUCUGCUGGGUGGUUACCUGAUAUUGUCAACUACAACACUAUCAUGGGGUCUCUGUGUAAGAAGGGAAGAGGUGAUGAGGCUUUGACCAUCUUUAAGAAGCUUGAUGAAGUGGGCUGUCCUCCAAAUGUGAGUUCAUAUAACACAAUGUUGGGAGCACUUUGGAGUAGUGGGGACAAAAUUAGAGCAUUGGGGAUGGUUUUGGAGAUGCUGAACAACGGUGUUGAUCCUGAUAGGAUCACUUAUAAUUCACUCAUAUCUUGUUUGUGCAGAGAUGGGAUGGUAGAUGAAGCCAUUGGGUUGUUGGUAGACAUGGAAAGGAGUGAGUGGCAACCUACUGUUAUUAGUUACAACAUUGUUCUUCUUGGGUUGUGCAAAGCACACAGAAUGGUGGAUGCCAUUGAGGUGCUUGCUGUUAUGGUUGACAAUGGAUGUCAGCCAAAUGAAACAACCUACACGUUGUUGGUCGAAGGGGUUAGCUAUGCUGGAUGGCCAAGUGAUGCUAUGGAGCUGGCAAAAUCCCUUGCUAGUAUUAAUGCUAUUUCUCAAGAUUUAUUCAGACGUUUAAACAAACAAAGCCUUUUCCGUGCCUGAUUCUCGUACACAAAGCUGAUUUACUUGAGUCUUCUAAUUGAGAGUUUGUUCAGAUCAUUUUAAUGCGUCAUUUGUUAAUUUACUGUUUUAGAGGUGCAGUUUGAAGGACAGAAAAUAUCAAAUGGACUGUCAUUACCAAGUC